CCGACGCGGGGGUCCCGCCGGCGGGCGGAGCGUGGGCGCGGCCGGUGGGCGGCGAGAGGCGGCGGCGGCGGCGCUUCGGGCGCGCGGAACAUUUCAAAGAUGUUUCAAAUUCCUGUGGAAAAUCUUGACAACAUCAGGAAGGUUCGAAAAAAGGUGAAAAGUAUUCUUAUGGACAUUGGGUUUGACAGCUGCAAGGAGCUGCUGAAGGACCUUAAAAGUUUUGAUCCAGGAGAGAAGUACUUCUGUAACACAUCUUGGGAUGAUAUUUCUCUCUGGGAACCUUCUGCAAAGAAAGUGAGAUAUCGAACAAAGCCAUACUGUUGCAGCCUCUGUAAAUAUUCUACAAAAUUGUUGUCAUCACUCAAAAAUCAUUUACAUCGUUACCAUGAAGAUGAAAUUGACCAGGAGCUGGUGAUUCCCUGCCCAAACUGUGUGUUUUUCUCUCAACCUAAAGUCGUAGGAAAGCACUUUAAAAUGUUUCAUGCACCUGUUCGGAAGAUUCAGAACUACACAGUGAAUAUUUUAGGUGAAACGAAGUCAUCGAGGAGUGAUGUAAUCAGUUUUACAUGUUUAAAAUGUAACUUCUCCAAUACUUUAUACUAUAGUAUGAAGAAACACGUGCUGGUAGCCCAUUUUCAUUAUUUAAUUAACUCCUACUUUGGUCUGCGAACUGAGAUGAGUGAGCAGCCGCAACCUAAAGAUUCGCAUCCGACCGAGAAAGUGCCACCAUCUGACAGGUAUUACUGUAAAAAGUGCAAUGCCAAUGCCAGCAGCCAGGAUACUCUGAUGUAUCAUAUUUUGACAUCAGAUAUACACAGGGAUUUGGAAAAUAAGCUUAGGUCUGUGAUUUCAGAACAUAUUAAGAAGACUGGAGUUUUAAAGCAAAUGAACAUUGCUCCAAAGCCAGCUGCUCACCCAACCAUCUCUGCCAAUAGCACUGCUCCAGGCCUGUCAGCCACAUCACCUUGCUUUCAUCUUGCUGUGCCACAGAAUACUCAAAACCAGACUGUGGUGCAGCCUGUAACUGGGGCCUCAGGAAGCCUCCCACACUCUCCACCUGCCAUUGCUCCACCUCGGGUUACUCUGGUCUCCAAUUCUCUACCAGUGGGCCAGAGCAGCCUCACUUUGCAACCUUCUGCGCCUCAGCCAGUCUUUCUUUCUCCUGGAGUCCCACUGAAUCCAUCAGCAAAUCCUCCUGUACUACCCUUGAGUCAGCCAGUUGGUCCCAUAAAUAAGUCUGUCGGCCCUGGAGUCCUCCCCAUCAAUCAGACCCUCCGCCCAGGGAACUUACCCCUCAACCAGCCUGUGGGGCCUGGAGUUCUCUCUGUAAACAGACCUGUUGGGUCUCGAGUCCUUCCUGUCAACCCCUCUGUCACCCCUGGGGUUCUUCAGGCAGUUUCUCCAGGGGUGAUUUCAGUGAGUCGGACUGUCCAGUCUGGGGUCUUUCCUGCAGGUCAGAUGACUCCUGCUGGGGUCAUCCCCUCAGGACAGACAGCGACUUCUGGAGUUCUCCCUGCUGGCCAGAUGGUCCAGUCAGGGGUUCUGCCCAUUGGCCAGACUGCUCCUUCGGGGGUGCUCCCCGGGGGUCUGACGGUCCCAACUCGAGUCCUCCCCCCUGGCCAGACAGUUCCACUGAGGGUCCUUCCUCCUGGCCAGGUGGUUCCAUCUGGACUCCUUCCUCCAAACCAGCCCGUGUCUUCAGGUGUUCUUCCUGUCAACCAAGGUCUAACUUCUGGAGUUCUUCAGCUUAGUCAGCCUGUUGUCUCAGGCGUUCUUCCUAUGGGCCAGGCUGUGAGACCUGGAGUCCUACAGCUCAGUCAGUCUGUCAACACCAAUAUUCUGCCCACAAACCAGCCAGUGCGACCUGGUACUUCGCAGAACACUACCUUUCUCACUUCCGGCCCCAUCCUCAGGCAGCUCAUCCCUACCGGGAAACAGGUGAAUGGCAUUCCCACGUACACACUGGCCCCAGUGUCUGUCACACUGCCUGUGCCACCCGGCGGGGUUGCGACCGUUGCUCCUCCCCAGAUGCCUAUUCAGCUCCUGCACUCUAGCACGGCUGCCCAGAUGACCAGCCCCGUGGUAGGCAUGCCAUCUCCUCUGGUGGUGAACAGCACGCAAAAUCUCUUCCCGCAGACCUCUUCCUCUGUAAUGGAGGCGAAUCAGGUGCUCAAACAGGCAAAGCAAUGGAAAACUUGCCCAGUUUGCAACGAGCUCUUCCCUUCCAAUGUGUACCAGGUCCAUAUGGAGGUGGCACAUAAGCACAGCGAGUCUAAAUGUGCUGAGAAGCUGGAGCCGGAGAAGCUGGCGGCCUGUGCCCCAUUCCUGAAGUGGAUGCGGGAGAAGACGGUUCGCUGUCUGUCUUGUAAGUGCUUGGUGUCUGAGGAAGAGCUGAUUCACCACUUACUCAUGCACGGCCUGGGGUGCUUGUUCUGCCCCUGCACUUUCCAUGACAUCAAAGGGCUUUCAGAGCACAGUAGGACUAUGCACUUGGGGAAGAAAAAGUUGCCUAUGGAUUACAGUAACAAGGGCUUUCAGCUGGACAUUGAUGCCAACGGCAACCUGCUAUUUCCCCACCUCGACUUCAUUACCAUGCUCCCCAAGGAGGCUCUGGGAGACAGGGAAGUGUACUUGGCAGUGUUGGCUGGGAUCCACUCCAAGUCACUGGUGCCUGUGUAUAUUAAGGUGAGGCCCCAGGCUGAGGGUGUGCCUGGGGUCCCCAGCAAGCAAGCGUUGACCUGCCCAUUCUGCUUUGGCACCUUUGUGACCUCGGAAGCCUAUGAGCUGCAUUUGAAGGAGAGACACCACAUCACUCCAACAGCCCACACAGUCAUGAAGUCUCCCGCUUUCAAGUGCAUCCACUGCUGUGGGGUUUACACGGGCAACAUGACCUUAGCCGCCAUCGCCAUCCACCUGGUGCGCUGCAGGAGUGCCCCGAAGGACAGCAGCUCUGGCCUGCAGAUCCAGCCAGGCUUCAUCGACAACAGUGAACUGGUGCUGCUCAACGGGGAGGUAGUCCAGGACCCCAGCCUGUCUGUGAAGAGAAAGCUGCCCGAUGGCCAGGCGGCUUCGGACGAGCGGCCUCUCCCUGGGGACGCCGAGGCCUUGCCUGUGUUGGAGAAGCUGGGGGCCGUAGUGCCUUGUAAGAGGCAGAGGAACGAGAGCAAAGCCGAAGGCUUCCUCUGCAGUGAAGACUCGCUUCAGAUCCUUGCAAUCAACCCCAGGAAGUAUGAAGACCGCACUUAUGAAGAUAAGAAGCAGUUUCUUCGAGAUUAUUUCCACAAGAGACCCUACCCGAGUAAAAAGGAAAUUGAAGUGCUGUCGUCACUCCUGUGGGUGUGGAAAAUUGAUGUGGCUUCAUUUUUUGGAAAAAGAAGGUAUAUUUGCAUGAAAGCAAUAAAAAGUCAGAAGCCAUCUGUACUUUUGGGCUUUGAUAUGUCUGAACUGAAAAAUGUCAAACACAGAUUGAAAUUUGAGUACGAACCACAGAAUUUGUGAAAAGAAAUGAGGAACUUUAACGUACUAGAUAAUAUAGUUUUCUCAGUUGAGAUUUAAGAAAAAUGUUAUUUUCUUCACUGUAUGUUGAACUAAUCAAUUUCAGUGGUCUUUAUGCUGCUCUUUAGAUUAUUUCAGGUGCUCAGAAAGACUUCUUUCAAAUUUGUUUCCUUGCAGUUUGAUUUUAUAACGAUUAUUUUUAGCUUUUUUUUUCUGUUGUGUAAAUUAAUUCUUUUGAUAUUUUAUGCACGCCUUGUUUUCCCAGUAGCAUAUUGUAUGAUUAAAAAAGAAACCCUUCAAUUCACCUUUUCUUUCAUGUAAGGAAAUUUCAGCUUGUGUCAGAAUCCUUGAUUGAGGAUUAAAGCAUCGACCUCCCUCAGUUAAUUUCCUAUGUAGCAGCUGAUGCAUACAGUAAUGUUUAGAGAUGUGAGUACAAACUCAUUAUGUAUCUGGUCCCUUAAUGAUGCACUCAUUAACUUAUAUGAUAGAUUUGCUUAUUAGAUUCAAAUUUUAAUUUCCCUUUUUUUUCCUGGUUCUGAAAGCUGUCAUUGAUCAUAACUCAAAGCCAGGUGAUUCAUUUGUUAAAAGUAAUCUGAACCUGAAGUUGGUAUUUCAUGAAUUGAGUUAUUUUGCAAAUAAAGUAUUUCUGUAGGUGCAAAAAUAACAUUUCAAUGUAGACUUGCCCCUCUUUUGAUAUGGUCAUUAUUUCUCCAUUCAAAGGUAGGAAAAUAUUUUAGUGCCUUCAGAAUAAACAUGAAAAGACACAAAAUCUCCUAACCUAACUGCCCAUAAAUCAGUUGAAAGGGAAGGACCAUGUUACUCAAAACCAGACUUUCUAAGUCUGGAUGCUGGAAUGCUGAGUGGCAUUUGAACCUUUGGUUUGCAGGGGACAGGGUGAAAUGAAGAGAACCAGAACAAAGUGAGCACUGAGGUUGUGUUCUGUCUUUGACAAGGUUUCUUAGACAUAAGAGAAAAGAGAAUUUGUAUAACCUAGUUUUCAGCAUUAAGUGGACACAGGGUGUUUUUUAAAAUCUCCAUUGUAUCCCUAUUGUUUGGUUAGUUUUUUUUUUUUCACACAAUAUGAAUUAACUUAGAGAUCCUGAUCAGUUGGACAUCUUCCAGUGUAGAUGGUUGGUCCUGGGGUUAUGGUACAAACAGAGGCACCUGUCUGAUACUCUCACAGGCUCUGGGAAAUGGAAUGUUACUGUCCGCAUUUUUAUAAAGAACCUAUUUGCAUGUCAUUGCUUUUCUGUGCAUCUUCGAAGCAGUUGUGAAACUGGUCAGUGAUGUAUUGUACUCUUGUAAAUUCACAAAGAGCGCGUUGAAGUUUAUUUUUUUUUUUACCUAUUGUUUUCAGAGUGUCUAUUUUGAAUUAAAUUUGUUAUACCACUGCAAA